GCGGUCCGUUUUCCUCAGUCUCCUCUUGAACCGCGUCACCGUCACUGGCAGACACUUAGCUCAGCUGUGAGAGUCGCCACACUUUAACUUAUUCUCUCCAAACGUAUUUGUCUUUUUUAAAAUGGAUUUAAUUAUAUCUUCUACACUUUUAUUCUCCCUCCUCGUUGUCGCUGUGAAUUGUCUCCCCGAGCCGUUUUUGGACGUUGUUGUCGAUCGGUACGAGAUACCGAGCGUUUGUCCUCGGGAGGUUGAAACAGAAGAUUUUAUCCGCUUUCAUUUUAACGGCACACUGUUUGCGGACGGAAAGAAGUUUGACUCCAGUCAUGACCGAGGCAAAACAUUCGUCAGUCAGGUGGGCCUGGGCAGACUCAUCACAGGAAUGGACCGCGGCCUUCUGGGCAUGUGUGUCAAUGAACGCCGGAAGAUCACAGUCCCUCCCCACUUGGCCUAUGGAAGCGUAGGAACAGGUGGUAUCAUCCCUCCGGACGCUGUGUUGGUGUAUGACAUUCUCCUGCUGGACAUAUGGAACACCGAGGACAAGGUGGAGAUCCGCACCGUCAGCAAACCUGCCAGUUGCAAGCGCACGACUGUGGCGUCGGAUUAUGUGCGGUAUCAUUAUAACGGCACCCUGUUGUCGGGAGAAACCUUUGAAUCCAGUCACUCAGGGAAUUCAACAUACAACACCUACUUGGGACAAGGAGACCUCAUCAAAGGUAUGGACGAGGGUCUCCUGGGCAUGUGUGUUGGUGAGAGACGGAUCAUAAUCGUCCCACCCUUCCUGGCUUAUGGAGAGACUGGCUAUGGAAGUCUGGUUCCUCCUCAGGCCACACUGGUGUUUGAGGUGCUCCUGGUUGAUGUGUUCAACCCCAAUGACGAUCUGAUCGUGGAGGUGAAGGAGGUACCCGAAGGCUGCACCCGCCGUACGGUGACUGGCGAUUACAUCCGAUAUCACUACAAUGGUACCUUCCAGGAUGGCAAGGCCUUUGACUCGAGCUACCAGCGAAAUAGCACUUAUAACACGUAUGUCGGGAUGGGAUACGUGAUCCAAGGCAUGGACAAAGCGCUGCAGGGGCUGUGCAUAGGAGAGAAAAGGAGGAUUACAGUUCCCCCUCACAUGGCAUAUGGAGAAACCGGGGUCGGAAAAAUGAUUCCUGGCUCCGCUGUGUUGGUCUUUGACGUUCAUGUCAUCGACUUCCACAACCCCAAAGACCCAGUCGAGAUCAAGGUUACCUACAAACCUCAGGACUGCAGCUUAUUGAGUGAAGCCAAUGAUCUGAUGCAGUAUCGUUACAAUUGCUCCUUACUCGACGGCACCCUGCUGUACUCCUCAGAUCAGUACGACUCACCUUCCACCACGACGCUCGGGGCCAACCAGGUGAUCUUAGGUCUGGAGAAAGGUUUGAGUGGCAUGUGUGUGGGCGAGAGGAGAGAAGUGAUCGUUCCUCCUCACUGGGGACACGGUGAAGAUGGAGCUGGAGGAGUCCCCAAGAGUGCAGUUCUCUUCUUUGAGCUGGAGUUGGUGGAGCUGCAGAAGGGAGUACCUGAAGGCUUCAUGUUUGUGUGGCUAGCAGACAGCCCUGACCCACUCUUUCCUGCUAUGGACCUCAAUGGUGACAAAGAGGUCCCUCUAGAGGAGUUUUCAUCCUUCAUCAUGAUCCAAGUUAAGGAAGGCACAGGUCGUCUCCGGCCGGGGGUCGAUGCCGACAGCAUCGUUAAGGAGAUGUUUGAUAACCAGGAUCAAAAUAGAGAUGGCAAGAUUGUGGAGUCUGAACUGCAACAAACAGAUGAGGCGACUGAACAAGCGAAACGAGACGAACUCUAAAUCAGUGAUGAUAAGACACAGGCCUGCAUUGGCUCAGGUCAACUCUGUCGUCCUAGCAACCUUUGGGUAUGUUUCAGAAACCUAAAUUAAGACAGCGCUUUCCUAGAUUAUAUAAAGUCUAAUGACAUCUCACACCGACUGCAGUAGACACCAGUAAUUUGAAUAUUGACCUUAAUCUGAAUAAGACAUUAUUUCGAUUUGGUGUUUACAUUAGUUAUGUUAUAGGACUAUAUAAUCUGAUUAAGAUGUUUACAUGUCUACAUAAUGUGGUUUAAAUCUGGUUAUCGCUUAUUUAUUGCUGACCUUUUUGGGAUUAUGUGAAUCAGCUCAUUCCGUUUUACUUUUUUGUGUUAUUCAGACUAUUGUCUUAAUCUGGUUAACAUCGGAACGUUGGCAUGGAUGCUAAUAUUUUUGCAGACGUUUUGAUUUUGAUGUAACAAAAUGCUAAAUUUAUGUUCCAAUCCUAUUACUGUUUACACGUUAGUCUGAUGAUGACUCAGGUUUCACAUGAUGCUAAUUUGAUGUUUAUAGGUCAACAUAAUGUGACUAAAAUUGUAGUAUUCCACUUUUAAAUCUGAUUAUGGCUCAUUCAGAGCAACAUGUCUUUUUAAUGUCGUUUUAUUCAUACUUCAGUAGAAUCUUUCAGAUUUCCUUUGAUGUAAACAUAUAGACUGCACAAGAAAGUUACUUUUUCUUUCUGUAAGUUGUGCACAAGAAACUGGUGUUUAAAAAUGUGA